AUGGCGAGCAAAGUAGCCGAGAAACGGCUUCAGAAGGAGUAUCUGAACAUGCAGCGCUCUCCGCCGCCGUUCAUCUGGGCCAGCCCAGAGGAGAAGAACAUCUUAGAUUGGCACUUCAUCAUUCGCGGACCGCCAGAUACGCCAUACGCUGGAGGCGAGUGCGAGUAUCACGGCUUGAUCAUGUUCCCGAGCGAAUACCCCUUCAAGCCACCAGAUGUCAAGAUGUUCACCCCGAGCGGCCGAUUCGAAGUUGGCCACAAGAUCUGUAUGAGCAUGACUUCCUACCAUCCCAGCACAUGGAAUGCUGCCUGGUCGGUAGCUACCAUCCUGACCGGUCUUCUGUCCUUCAUGCUGGGUGACGAUAUCACAGCUGGAGCAGUGAAGACUACAGACGACCAGAAGAAAGCCUUUGCGGUAGCUUCUCACGCUUUUAAUCUAAAGAGCAAGAAAUUCAGAGAUAUCUUCCCCAAGUACGCAACCCCCUCCAUGACCGACCUCCCGGAUAUGGGCGUCCAGCCCAGCUCCUCCGAUCCUCCAUCUGGCGAAUCCUCUCCUCUUCCACCCACCGGCGCAGCGAACACGAUCAGAACAGAAGGCGAGGAUGGCGAGAGAGAUACGAGUACGGCGAAGGCAGCAGGAGAAGCAGGACCUGGAGCGGCGGUACAGGUACAGGUCACAAAGAGGGAUAAGGGGAGAUGGUGGAUGAGCUGGCGGAUGGUGGUGGCUGUAGUGAUAUUGGCUAUCGUCGGGCGGGUUUCUACUAGUCUUGGUAUUUGA